UAGUAGAAGAGGCCUCUGGCUGGUUCGAAGCAAUUUCGUGUUUUUUGACGAAGAGAAGAAAAUAGGUGCGGCCCCUAUUGUAGAGAGAGAAAGUAAGAAAUUUCUAGAGAGAGAGAGAGAUGGAGGACGAGAAGGUGAAGAAGGAGGCGAUGGAGAUAAUGGGAAUUUUUCAAGAGCUGCCUCGUUUGGUCGUCUUCGAUCUCGACUACACUCUCUGGCCUUUCUACUGUGAAUCUCGAUCCAAGCAUGAAAUGCCAUCAUUGUUCCCCCAUGCACAAGGCAUCCUAUAUGCACUUAAGGACAAGGGAAUCGAUGUCGCCAUUGCAUCUAGAUCGCCAACUGCCGAUAUAGCAAUGACAUUUCUUGAGAAAUUGGAUGUCAGAUCAAUGCUUGUAGCCCAGGAGAUCUUUUCGAGUUGGACACACAAAACAGAGCACUUCCAAAGAAUUAAUAGGAGGACCGGGGUGCCUUAUAAUUCAAUGCUCUUUUUUGACGACGAGGAUCGCAACAUAGAAGCAGUUUCGAAAAUGGGAGUGACCAGCAUCUUAGUUGAAGACGGGGUAAAUCUUGAGGCUUUGAGGGAAGGGCUCAUGAAAUUUUCUCAAAUUCCAGGUUCAUCAAAUGCCUCCUAGCAGACACAUUCCCUAAAGAGUCUCAAGUUCGAGUACCCUUAAUUUGCCUAUCAAAAACAAAUUUAAAAAAAGGUGGUUCGUCAAAUAGAGUAAACAAAAAGAAGUAGUGUUUUUUUUGUUUAUUUGCACUACAAUUUGAGCCAUUGAAAUUGUUCUGUGUUGGCAGGGAUACUUUUGCCAAUGCACAUUGAAUUGUUUAAUCACACAUUGUCAUAUGGAUACCUAGGUAUUGAUUAGUUUCUAUUGUCAUAUUUAUACAGAUUGUUGCCAAGGAA